ACCCUCACAGACAAUACCACAGACACCACCUCAGCACACCUCAUAACACUACCACAGACACCACCUUAGACACCUUUACAGACACUACAACAGACACAGACAGCACAACAACACCAAGUCACUAGCGUCUCCCACAAUCAAAUCACCACCAUCAUCAUCACCAUCACCACCAUCACCACCACUCCUUGCACUUUCGGCACCCUUCCUACCCCCAUCUCCCACAUCAACGCCCCCUCCCACACCCAAACUCUCCAGGCCACCACCAGCCUCCAGUACGCCCACACUGCCGCCCACACCCAAGAGUAUACAGCGGGACACGCCCAUGACCACCCUGGCUGAGUUGGACAGUGACCUGACGGUAAUAUUGGAGACCUGGCUACCUAGUGUCAUGGACCAGGACAUAAUGAAGAUGCUUAAUCAAUCCUAUCUCGAUCGCAUGAAGUUCGCCAACAAGGAGAUGGUGAACAAUAUCCUGCAGAUGCAGCCAGUGCAGGGAGGGGGUUGUCCCCUUGUACGCCACCAGCGCCGCCUGCAGUUUAUCAAGAGGGUGCUAGGAGUGCUGCUGCUGGUGUUGCCUCAGUCUUUCCACCAGCUGAUCGAUGCCAUCUCGGACGAGGAGCUGCAGAACAACUUUUUCCGUCAGGACACAGAGAAGAACAUCUUGGACGUGACAGGGUGUCGGGAGUGCUACACCAGGGACGCCAAGGGUGUGUGUCGGGAACUCUUCUUCUGCAAGCGUGGUGAAGACGUCUCCAGCAGAGCCAGUCUCUUAGAACUCCUCAAUGGUUGAAGCUGCUCUCCUGCUUACCUGCGGCUUUGUUUUCCUUCAUGGACCCCUCCUGUAGGGGGCUGCAGGUCCAUCUCUGCACAUCCCCUUUCACUUGAAGCAGCCGAUAUUCUGAGACUUUCCCAAAUAUCAUUACUGGGUUCAUUAGUUAGGUUUCAAGCCUGUCUACUGCUCGAGGUCAUUAAGGCUGCAUUUUACCUGUAAAUCAACUACUCAAGAAUUCGCUAAUCUCUUAAAUAAGUACUAAAUUAAUCUAACAAAAAAUAUAUACUGGGAGAUAUACAUAUCUUGGUGAAUAUAUUCAGUGUAUCACUCGUCUGGCAGUGCAUCCAGCAGAUGACAUGACAGUACACAGUUUUUGUUGAGUUAUGUAUAUGAGCAUUACAUAUUUUAUUGUUUGGUGCAACUAAUGCACUGGUAAUCCCUCAGAUUCCACAAUUUUUGGUUCAUAGUCUUUACUAGCGUCGAGAAAUGUUUAUUAAAUAGGCACAUUUUAAGGUCCCAUUGCCACACAUAGUUGAAGUUCUGCUUACUUGAUACUACUUUCCAUCUCUUUAGACGCUUUACACCUGCAAACUGUAGGUUAGUGUGGAAGUUUUAUUGUUUUAUUAUUCAGUCUAAUAUAUAUAUAUGACUACAGAAACGCUGUACAUCUUUACGUCACGUGGUUCGCGAGGUUCAUCAGGAGGUGAGCGACCUGACUGGCAGCGGGGUGGAGCCAUGCACACAGCAUGAUGUAAACAAACAGGAAUAUCAGCCUACUCCCGAGCUUAGAAAAAACAAACAGCAAAAAAGGAUGCCUCUCCUUCUCACCAAAAUCCCGAACUUGGGAGAGGAAUGUUAGGAUGAUGUUUCGGUCAGUCCUGGACCAUUGUCAAGUCAUUGUCAAAUCUUCUGUCUCGCAGACAGUGAGCAGCUGUCUGCCAAGUAGGGGAAAUCUAGAUGCUAUCAGUGACUAGGAGCACUGCGGGAAAGCUCUCACCAUGAUUCUCUUCUCGAUAUGCAGAGGUGCACUUGAUUCACCAUCACAGUCAUCCUUCACAAACUGGAGAAGAUGGAUUGUACCGACACACCACUUACCACUAACGUCAGUCUGUCCAGUCCUAACAGACAGUCGCCUACUUAGUCUGUUCGUUGCAUAUAGUUCUCCAGUGGCUGGUGCUAAGCCUUUCAACUUCAGUACUACUCACAGGUCUCCUGACUCUUAAAAACUCCCAUUAUCGUCUACGCUAACAUAAAGCUGUACUGAAGAGGACUCCGCCUGGUCGACGCACAACACAUGCCAGAAGGAAUGGACAUCAUCACGACCUGAAUCACCUCCUGGUACCCUACCAUCAUCGCCAUUUAAAUCUAAUUCAUAAAGAAAUGUUUAUUCUAUAAUGAUUUUUUUUUGUUAUUUCUCACAAGUAACUCGGCAUACUGUAUAAUAUCCAAAUAUAAUUUGGAAGUAUCAAGUGGACUACCGACACAUGUCAUGAGCAAGAAAUGUGUCGUUGCUUGGCUCGCUGCAGAGAGAUUUCUAUGGACGAGUGUGGCAAACUUUGACAAAUGUCAGGUGCUGUUGUGUAGGUCUGAUGUUCAGUGUUCUUCCCACUCAGGCGUGUGUACUUACCUAGUUGUGGUUGCAGGGGUCGAUUCACAGCUCCUGGCCCCGCCUGUUUCUGUGUGUGUUUAAGGACAGACGGGAACCAGUUAAUCUUCAAGGCACAGAGAAAUGUAGUCACAUUUAGUCAGUGAGACAGUGAAUGUAAGAGUGUAACCUGCCAGGUGUAACUCGACAGUGAAAGAAGACAGUGAACGGAGAGAAACAGCCAGUGACCAGGCAGUGAGAUAGUAAAGAGAGAGACAGUAGGAAGGGGCAUAAAUUGAGAGUCUUAUAUAUCUAAUGAUUCACCUGUCUAGCGAGAGCCAGUAUGUCUAAUGUAGUGUUCCUUCUCUCUUCUAGUAAGUCAGUCUUAAAGUAAGUCAGUGCAUCACGCUUAUGUAGCAAAAUUCUCCAAUAACUUUGAGACACUUUCUACUCAGAUGUCGGUGACUUUCUUAAAUAAAUCAUGACAAUU